CACAUUCGUCAUUUUACUGUUUCGCACGACGGAUGACGCCGCUGCUUGCUUGUUGGUGAUAAUUUCAUUGUGUGCAGAAUUUAUUUCGUUAUAUGUUGUAAAAAAUAUAGUAGUUAAAAAAGAAACAAAUUAGAGGCGCAAGUAAAACAAAAGUGAUAUAAUUAUUUAAUAGAACACACAGAAAUCACAACAGCAACAACAAUAAUAAAGAUGGAAGUCACCGACGCCAAUUUGCAAUUGCUUGCCGGUUAUUUGCAACAGACGCUCAGCGCGGAUCCCAAUGUCCGCAGGCCCUCGGAAAAGUUGCUGGAGUCAACGGAACGCCAGCAGAACUAUCCAGUGCUCUUGCUUAAUCUCAUUGAUAAGGGCGACAUGGACAUGACUAUUCGCGUGGCGGGCGCCAUUGCAUUCAAGAACUAUGUGAAACGCAAUUGGGCCGCACACGAGGACAGCGAUGAACCCGAUCGUAUACACGAAAGCAAUCGCAACACGAUUAAAACCCUAAUUGUCACAUUGAUGUUGCAUUCGCCUACCGCAUUGCAGAAGCAGCUAAGCGAUGCAGUGAGCAUAAUUGGACGCCAUGAUUUCCCUAAGAAAUGGCCACAAUUGAUCGAUGAAAUGGUGGAAAAAUUCGCAUCGGGUGAUUUCAAUGUGAUCAAUGGAAUUUUGCAAACAGCGCAUUCGCUCUUCAAACGCUACCGCUAUGAAUUUAAAUCGCAAGCGCUCUGGGAGGAAAUCAAAUUUGUACUCGAUCGCAUGGCAAAGCCAUUGACGGAUCUAUUGCAGGCUACCAUGCAGCUACGUACAAUGCACGAGGGCAAUCCAGAGGCCCUAAAAGUCAUUUAUAGCUCAUUGGUGUUGGUCAACAAGGUGUUUUUCUCGCUCAACUCGCAGGAUUUGCCUGAAUUCUUUGAGGACAAUAUGAGCAUCUGGAUGGGCGCCUUCCUGCAGCAAUUGGCUGUGGAUGUGGCCAGUUUGCGCACCGAUGACGACGAGGAUGCCGGUGUGCUGGAGCAUUUGCGCUCUCAGGUCUGUGAGAACAUUUGUCUCUAUGCCCGUAAAUACGACGAGGAGUUUAAGCCGUACAUGGAGCAGUUUGUCACUGCAGUGUGGGAGCUACUGGUGAAGACCAGUCUGCACACAAAAUAUGAUGCGCUCGUCUCGAAUGCUUUACAAUUCCUUACGGUUAUUGCUGAGCGACAGCAUUAUCAUGGGAUCUUUGAGAAUCCCGAGAUCUUGGCUCGAAUUUGUGAAAAGGUUGUCAUACCAAAUCUGGACAUUAGACCCUCCGACGAAGAGCUCUUCGAGGAUAGUCCUGAUGAGUAUAUUCGCCGUGAUAUCGAGGGGUCUGACAUUGAUACACGUCGUCGUGCGGCCUGUGAUUUGGUCAAAACAUUGUCCGUGAACUUUGAGCAAAAAAUCUUUGGCAUUUUCGGUCAAUAUAUGGAAAUUUUGCUGGGCAAAUACAAAGAAAAUCCCGUGGCCAAUUGGCGGUCCAAGGAUACAGCUAUUUAUUUGGUCACAUCGUGGGCUUCACGUGGCGGCACACAAAAGCAUGGUAUCACCCAAAGCUCAGAGCUGGUGCCGCUGCCGCAAUUCUGUGCCGAGCACAUUGUGCCCGAGUUGGAGAGACCUAACAUUAACGAGCUUCCCGUGCUGAAGGCAGCAGCUAUCAAAUACGUGAUGGUCUUCCGCAGUCUGCUUGGGCCACAAACUUUGGCUGGCUGCUUGCCACAGUUGAUACGCCAUCUGCCCGCCGAGAGCAUUGUCGUGCACAGCUAUGCGGCCUGCUCGCUGGAGAAGAUCCUAACCAUGCGUGAUGCGAGCAACGCGCUUUUGUUUGGACCACAAGUUCUAGCACCACAUUCGAAUCAAUUGGUCAGCGGAUUGUUUGCCACGCUCUCUUUGAGUGGAUCUGCUGAGAACGAAUAUGUGAUGAAGGCCAUUAUGCGUAGCUUCCAUGUGCUGCAGGCGGCUGCCAUGCCUUUCAUGGGAGUGGCAUUGCCACGGCUCACCGAGAUUUUAACGUUUGUGUCCAAGAAUCCGUCGCGACCGCUUUUUAAUCACUACCUCUUCGAGACGCUGGCGUUGUCUAUCAAAAUUGUCUGCCAAGCAGAUGCUUCAGCGGUCAGCUCGUUUGAGGAGGCACUUUUCCCCGUUUUCCAGGGCAUUUUGCAACAGGACAUUACCGAAUUUAUGCCCUAUGUAUUCCAAAUGUUGUCAGUGCUCCUCGAAGUACGCGAAGCCAGCGGUGCCAUACCAGAGCCUUAUUGGGCGCUAUUUCCCUGUCUACUGGCGCCGCCACUUUGGGAUCGCAGGGGCAAUGUGACGCCCUUGAUUCGUCUGCUGUCGAUAUUCAUCAAACAGGGCUCCGCACAAAUACAAGCGCUGGGCAAACUAAAUGGCAUUUUGGGAAUCUUCCAGAAGAUGAUUGCAUCGAAAGCCAACGAUCAUGAGGGCUUCUAUUUGCUGCAGAAUCUGCUGUUCUAUUACAAUGCCGCCGAGCUACAGUCGAGCAUGCGUCAAAUCUUUGGACUGCUCUUCCAGCGAUUGUCGCUUUCAAAGACUGCAAAAUAUUUGAACGGCAUCAUUGUAUUCUUCUGCUUCUAUGUGGUCAAGAUUGGCGGAAGCCCGUUGCUGCAGCUAAUCGAUGAGAUACAGCCGGGCAUGUUUGGCAUGCUGUUGGAGCGUGUAUUUAUCACGGACAUGGCUAAAGUUAGCAAAGACUUGGAACGAAAAAUGGUCGCUGUGGGUGUCAGCAAACUGCUCACCGAAUGUCCCGAAUUAUUGACGGGUCAAUAUGCCGCCUAUUGGCCACGUUUGCUGCAGGCCUUAAUCGAGAUGUUUGAACGCCCGCCCGAGAAGUUACCCUAUUUGGAUGGCGAUGCUGCAGGCCCAGGAGGCGACGCAGUUGCGGGUGCUGGUGUGGAUGCCGAACCCGGUUAUCAGGCAGCUUUCUCACAGCUCAAUUUUGCACAACCCAAACAGGUGGAUCAUCUGGCCGAAGUGAAUGAUGCACGGCAAUAUUUGGCCAGCUCUUUGGGCAAUCUAUCGCAGCGGUCGCCUUUGGCCAAUUUGCUGGCGCCGCUCACCGCGGAGAGCAAGCAAGUUUUACAAAAAUAUUGCGAUCAAGCUGGCGUGCGCAUUGCUUAAGUGAUUUAAUACGCGUUCGGAUGUCAUACACCUCGCACACUCAUAAACACACACAUUAAUUAAUUUGUUUAAAACUAUGUCACGAUUGUAAUCAAUAUAAUAUAUAUACAUGUUA